UUCCACCCAACAUUGACUUUUCCAGCCAAUUUGGGCCAUUUUUACCUCUAAAUCCAUCCCAUUGACCAAAACAUUGCCUUUAGAUGCAACGGUGAAAUUUUAUCCCAAAAUUCAUCCCCAGUGAGGUCAAACCUUGACUUCUCCACCAAAUUUGACCAUUUUCACCCCCAAAAUCCACCCCCAUUCACCAAAAAUCCCCUUUUGACCCAACAGCACCAUUUUUACCCCAAAAUCCCUCCCCUUUUGACCUCCAACCUUGACCUCUGACAAUUCCCCUCCCACCAGACCGCCCAACCCAACCCAACCUGACGGUGACACCCUCGGGCCUCACGGUGCAAGGGCAGCCCCUCCUCUUCCUCUGCAUGGCCCCACCCAGCAAAGCCCCUCGGCGCCACUUCCGCUUCCUCCGGGAUGAGCUUGAGGUCUCCGAGGGCAUCGUGGAAGGUUCUGGAAGCGCCCGGCUGAGGGUGGAGAGGAGCAGCCAGAACCAGACCGGGAACUUCAGCUGCAGCUAUGAGGAGAUGACCGAGGGGCGCUGGAUUGCCUCCUACCCCAGCGAGGCCGUGGCAGUGGUGGUGGAAGACCCGUGUCCGCCCCCCGUGCUUUGGGUGGAGCCUCCGUCUGGCGUGGUCACCGUGGGUCAGCGGCUGCGCCUGACCUGUUCUGCGAGCCGACGUCACUUCCGGCGCCGCUUCCGCUUCUUCCGCGAUGGCAUCGAGCUGACUCCGGGUGACCUCAUCGAUGGCGUCAUCAGUGACGUCACUGGUGAUGGGUCCCAGCUGGUGUUCCCGCGGAUUUCCCCCGAAUUUUCCGGGAAUUUCAGCUGCCUGCUGGAGGAGGAGGUGGGCGGGGCCUGGGUGGAGGCUCCGCCCAGUGAAGGCGUGGCCGUGGUGGUCAUGGGUGGUUUCUCGUCCCCAGCUGAGUUCGAGUUCCCCCCAUUGGUCAUCGGCGGAGUGGUGGGAGUAGCCUUGACGCUUCUGGUGAUCCUAUUGGCUGCUUGGCUAGGCCGGAGGAGGAGGAGUCAGUGGGGGGGAGAGGAGGAUUUGGACCCCAAAAUGUCCCCAGAUCGCCUAUUUUAAUGCCAAAAUUUCCCUUGUCAGGCCAAAAAGGGAACAUUUCACCCCAAAUUUCUCCAUUUUAGUCCCAAAUUUGGCCAUUUUGACCACAAAUUCCUCACUUGUAUCCCAAAAUUACCCCAGAUUUCCCCAUUUUAGUCCAAAAAAGACCUUUUUGUCCCCAAAGAGGUAAUUCUGACUCAAAGUCCCACAUUUUACUACAAAAGUGACUCUUUUGUCCC